AUGCAUCCUGGGUCUGACCCAAUGGGUGUACCUCCCAGCUUUGCAGCGCGGAGACCUCACGCCCAGCAGCUCGGCAGCUUUGAGCUGCCCCCGCCACCGAUGCACAAAUAUCCCUUCAACAGCACCGUUACCGCUUCACAGUCGCCACAGGCCCCGGCCACGAUUGCCAGUGUGGGCAAUCUCCUGACUCCGCCAAACACAAACCACAGCGAUGUGAUAAGCUCGUCAGGAGUUUCGACUGCCGGCCCCCAGUACUCGACAACAAUGGCCUAUUCAAACGGCCAAUACAUGUACUCUCCCCCAGCCCAGCCAUCGGCUGCCCACUAUGGCUACUCGGCUGCCCACCACCAACAAAACCAAUACGCUCAGACCCGAGGAGGUAUGUUUGCUCCACCGCGUGCCGACGGCCAGAUCGGACGGCAGGACUCACUCGGCAAAGGGCUGAAUCCGCCACCGUAUGAGAUGAACCAGCAGCUUCCCCCUUUUACGCCUUCGUCCAACGGAUCCAGCAUGCCCUCAAUAUCCACACAGCCGCAGCAGCAGCAGCAGCAUCACCACCACCAGCAGAUGAUGGGUGCCCAAACACCCGUCUCGUCGUCCGCACCUCAGCAGUCUCCCGCACUCAGCCAGGACUCGUUCAGGCCGCCUCAGCCCCCCACCCCUACCUACAGUUACCAUAGCUCGGGAACCCCUCAGCAUUCCAACUUUCCCUACUCGACGGGCCCAUCACCAACACUGAGCCAACAGCACAGCCCCAUCAGCGCUGGUGGAUCCAUGCAGCGAAUGUCACCAGCCGUGUCGCAGGGCUCCAUGCCAUCAAUACCGUCCAACAACCCCGCACAGUCGCCAUACCAGUACCAGCAGCGCCUGCCUCUACAGUACGGUGGAGGCCAAGCGCCCGUCUUUUCCAACGUGCAAAACCCAGCCGGCGGCCUUGCACUGGUUGGCGGACAUCCCGCCAUGAUGUCUGGCUUCAACAGUGGCCACGCUGCGGCUAUGCCGCACUUCAUGGGUCACCCCCAGCACCAGCCACCGACUGCCAACGACCGUCCCUUCAAGUGCGAUCAAUGCCCACAGAGUUUCAACAGGAAUCACGAUCUGAAGCGACACAAGAGGAUCCACCUCGCCGUGAAGCCGUUUCCUUGCAGCCACUGCGACAAGAGCUUCUCAAGAAAAGACGCGCUCAAGAGACACAUACUAGUUAAAGGCUGCGGAAAGGCCGCUGGCGACGAUGCCAAGCGCGAAAGCCACUCACCAAAGGCGGACGAUUUGAAGUCACACUCAUAG